GAAAUUUGAAAUUAAUAUAAGACCGCAGGUUUUCUAAUUACUAUUUUCAGGCGCGAUACCAGGCUGGUGAAACCUGAUUUUAUAAUAAUUAAUAUCGAUCAGUACUGAUCGUGGUGGUUUGGGUUUAGUGGAUUAUAGUGACAUCAGGCUCUCAAGUACUAGGGAUCUUUUCAUUUCAAAUUAUGGAUCCCAAUCUGCUCCCAACUGUUCUGAGACCCUCAUUACCGCCAAAACUACAAAAAAUCAAGUACGGCAGCUAUACAGAAAAAGACGCUGACUACCCAAUUCAUUUGUAUUUGAAAGAAAAUGAUAUAAGAAUUCAAGAAGAUGGUAGUGAAAUCAUUGAAUUUUUGAGGGGGAAAAAUGUAUUGAUUUCCGGCGCUACUGGAUUUUUAGGCAAGCUUCUUCUAGAAAAGCUGCUAAGAUGCUGCAAAGACAUUGGAACAAUCUAUGUCAUUAUUAGAACAAAAAAAGGAGUAGAUACUCAAAGUAGAACAGAAGAUUUCCUUAAUAACUGGGUAUUUUACAAAUUGUCUCAAAUCCAUCCCAACUACAAAGACAAAGUGGUAGGAAUCAGUGGAGACUUUGAUCUCGAUGGACUAGGACUUUCGGAUGAAUCGAGGAAGAUUUUGACAGAGAACGUCAACAUCAUUUACCACGUAGCAGCCACAGUCCGAUUUGAUGAACCACUCAAAAGGGCUGUCAAAAUCAACAUCGAAGGAUCUCAGCAAAUGAUUCAAUUGGCCAAAAAAUGCAAGAAACUGGACGUUCUUGUUUAUGUGAGUACAGCGUAUUCAAACUGCCAAGAAACGCUGAUCAAAGAAGAAUUUUAUCCACCACAUAUAGAUCCCUAUAAGCUAAUGAUGAUAGCUAAGGAGUUACCGGAUAUUGUUCUGGAAAAAAUCACACCAGGAAUGUUGCAAUCAAUUCCUAACACCUACGCUUACACCAAACAGAUAGCAGAAGAUCUAGUUAAAAGAGAAGCCGUGGGAUUACCUGCGUGUAUUCAAAGGCCAUCAAUAGUAAUAGCUUCCGCCAAAGAACCAAUAAGAUCAUGGGUGGACAAUAUUUACGGACCCGUAGGCUUAAUUGAAGGUGCUGCCAUAGGCCUUCUACACAUAAUGCCUGUAAAUGGUAACGCAAUGGCCGAUUGUGUACCUGCUGAUUUCGUUAUAAAUAAUUGUAUAGCCGCUUCGUAUAAAACUGCAAAAGAACGAAAACUUGACCAAAUUCCCAUCUAUAAUUUCACGUCUUCAAGCUCAAAUCCUCUACAUUGGAAAGACUUAUUUUUGACCACCAAGCAAGGUAAAAAAGUAGGCUCCACAAUACUUAUCAGUAAAGGAUUCUUUAAGUUUACUACUUGCUGGACCUGGUACUAUAUUGUAAGCUUUCUACUUCACACCAUACCGGCCGUUAUAGUUGAUUUUGUGCUGGAAAAGCUAAUGGGGAAGAAGCCUUUGCUUCGGAAAGCCUAUGGAAAAAUUGACAAAUUCAUUAACAGCUUAGUUCAUUUCACACUGAACGAAUGGAAGUUUGUUGAUAGAAAUACGCAAUGCUUAUGGGACGAACUUAACGAUAGGGAUAAAGCAAACUUCCCGUUUGAUAUAAAGGUCUUGGAUUGGCAAGACUAUUUUGACACGUCUUUGGCUGCAAUGAGAGAGUUUCUAGUCAAAGAUUUUUUGGAUACUUUGGAUGAAGGAAGAAUGUUAAUGUUGAAGUUGGACAUAUUGCACUACUCGUUGGUGACGCUCAUACUAGGAUUGUCAGUGUAUUUCUUAGCAAACACCAUAUUCUUUUUUAUUCCUUUAUUGUUCGUCAUUGUAACUAUAUUUUUUAUCAUCCCUUGAAUGUUUUCUAUUUUUAUCUAUUGUUAAUAUCUAUUGGUAAGUUAAUAAAUAUGUUUUAAAUUCAA